AUGGGAAGGCAGGGCGAGCUUGGCAGAUCUGGAGGAAUCUGCACCCUGGAAUGCUCCGAUCGUUGGGACAAUGAUAUGCCGUCGGAGUCAUCCAUGGUACCAUCCCGGGUUGUCAUUAUGCGGAAGCUUCGUGCGAUAGUGGCAAAAGUACCACCACCCUUACGCCCUUCCUGGGUCAAUUACGGGGGUGCGGAGUAUGGCAGUUUGGGAGUUCUGGGGGAACAACCGGCAACUCAGAGCCGCCAGCAGAGAAAGGGGGGAGACCGGCAUAACCUAUCGGCGAAUUUUGAGGCCACCGACAUUUGGGAUUAUGAAAGAUGA